AUGGAAUUGUGGAUCACAAGCCCACUAAAGGGGCGUCUUUCGGGGACUCUGGCGGUGCAACUUGCGGUUACCCGGGAAAGCAUGCGCUGGUUUCAGAAACCUCGUACUACUGCGCCAAUGGGGUGCGCAACCCGCGUUCGACUUGCACCUUCGGCAGCACUGCCCAGCUUGGGUGACACCAGUGUUAUGCAGCACUCCACGUUCGUCCAGUCGACCAACACUAUGUCCUCCACCAACACCGCAGCCCACCAGGCGGUCCUCGCCCUCUUGCGUCGCGGUUUUGGCGACAAUGAUACAGCGCUACUCCUUUGA